AUGGCUCCUUCAUUUGUGACCAUUGAUAAUAACGAUAUGGACGUGGAUUUCUCCACGCCCAAGCCAGUCCAGGCCAAGCGCACCCUUCUCCUAGCACCCCCCUCCAUCGCCACCCAAGAGGACAAACUCCGAGGCCUCUUCAGCACAUUCGACCGCUCAACCACAGAUCUACAAAUGCUCGAUCGUCUCUCCGCAGGCGUCGUCUCCCUUCCCGCAACAACCUAUGACCUCAUACUCAUACUCACCGACACAGACGGCACACGACGCUCCGAGGCACUGAAACUUCUCACCCGAGAUGUAUACGCUAUAUUAGUCCCCGCCAUGAAGGCCGGCGCCAAGUUGCAAACCCAAGACUCAACUCUCAAUGCCUCAGAAGCCAUGGAAGCCAUCCUGGCUGGCCUCGUGCAGUCCGAUAACGGCUUCGAGAAGCCAAACUUCGAGCCCUCCGCUGCUAUUCCUUUAAAGUUUGGCCUGAAGAAGAAGAAUAAGCCUACGCCAACUGCAGUCCCUAAUAUUCCCACAGGAUUUACGGCACCUAUGGGGAUAGAUGCGCCAACUAAUCACGACCGUGACGACGAUGACGAGCUCAUUAAUGAAGAUACGCUCCUCUCCGAGGAAGAUUUAACAAGACCCAUAAUGCCGCCCCCAGAGUGCCAACCCAAGACCGGCCGCCGGCGACGCGCCUGUAAAGAUUGCACAUGUGGUCUAGCCGACAAACUCGAAGCAGAGGAUAGAGAGCGCCGCGCAAACGCAGAUAAAGAAUUGAAAGUGAUGAAGCUGGAUACGGACGACCUGGCUGAGCUGGAUUUCACCGUUAAGGGCAAGACUGGUUCUUGUGGAAGCUGUGCUCUGGGUGAUGCCUUCCGCUGUGACGGUUGCCCUUAUAUGGGUCUUCCUGCCUUUAAGCCUGGCCAGGAGGUUCAGAUAUUGAAUGAUGUUGCACAGCUUUGA